AUGGAGACGAAGGCAGCAGAUCUCCUGGCGACUUUCAAGAACCCCAAUGUCUCCGUUGACGCUAAGGUUGCGCACCUGACUAGCCUCAAGUCCGAUAUCAAGCAGAAGAAUGUUCCUGAUGGAGCUAUCCUGACGAUCUUCGAAACUCUGCGGCUCUCGCUAAGCUCUCAGCACUACUCUGUCCUCGGGGCUGGAUUCUCCACACUCGGUCAUUUCUUGAAGCGGCUUUCCAUCCAGGAUCAACAGCAAUGGAUCGUCAGCCAAGCCCGAAACUUUUACCCCGUGUUGAUGGAGCGACUCGGCGACCACAAGGAGCGCGUCAGAGCCCAAUCUGCAUCCAUCUUUACCGAACUGUGGCCAGUGGCUGGUGCUGAAGUCGAAUACUGUGUGCUUGAGACUGCAUUAGUGGGCAAAAACCCCCGUGCCAAGGAAAUGAGCCUACUAUGGUUGUUGAAUAUGACCAAAAACCAUGGCCUGUUGUUCCGCCAAUAUGUACCUUCCUUGGUCGCAUGUCUGGAGGACGCCGACAGUGCUGUUCGAGACACGGCCAAGUUGGUUGUAAUUGAACUAUUUCGAACUGCUCCCGCAAGAGCGAAAUCGGAUUUGCAAAAGCAGCUGGUCACUCGCAGUGUGAGAAAGUCCAUCGCUAAUGCUAUUCUCUCGGGCAUUGGUCUGAACUCCGCUGAACCUGAGAGUUCAUCCUCUACGCGGCCCAUUUCUCGUGCUGAACGACCGAUCUCGGUGAUGUCUUCACGCUCACAGGCAGUUGAGGUGCCUCGUGAUGGUUCGUUUGCCCACUCUUUUCUGCUGGUUUCACCUGCCCAAAGUCCUCGUUCUGAUAGCAUCGCAGAACCAGAACCCGUGAAAAGUCGACCUGGCUCCUCAAGAAGCCAUUAUGAACGCCAAGAAACACCUUCGGUCCAACGUCCCCAUACACCAGCCGAGGCACCUGCGCCUCGGCAGUCGUCACAAGAGGACGACGAUGUGGAGCCGCUCCUGGUUGGGUCCGCUCGAGAUAUUGAUGAUCUCAUGCGCGACAUGAUCCCCUGGUUUGAUGGCAGGGAGUCCGAAGAUAAUUGGAUGAAGCGUGAAAAGAAUGUCGUCCUCUUCCGGCGACUCACACGAGGCAAUGCGCCCCACGACUUUUCCCAGACCUUUGUUAGUGCUAUCAAGACGCUUCUGGAUGGCAUUUUCAAAGUAGUCAACUCCCUGCGCACCACGCUCUGUACCAAUGGCUGUCUCUUGAUCCAAGAUAUCGCCAAGACAUGCGGCCCCAAAAUCGACUCGAUGGUUGAAAUAAUUAUGCAGAAUCUGAUAAAGCUCUGUGGAGCCUUGAAAAAGAUCGCCGCACAGAGUGGAAAUGCCACAGUCGAUGCGGUCAUUGGGAAUGUGUCGUUCACUACCCGCAUCCUGCAGCAUGUCCAUUGGGCCUCUGUAGACAAGAACCUUGGCCUACGUCUAUUUGCCGCUGGGUGGCUUAAGACCUUGAUCAGCCGGCAAGCCCACCACAGAAGCACAGUCGAACAUGGUGGUGGCCUGGACCUUGUGGAGAAGUCAAUCAAGAAGGGACUGGGUGAUGCCAAUCCUGGUGUACGAGAGGCCAUGCGGAGUACAUUUUGGACAUUUUACCCCGUGUGGCCAGACAAGGCCAAUGCGAUAAUGUCUGACAUGGAUACUAAAUCACGAAACCUGCUCGAGAAGGACCCCGCAAAUCCGAACGCGGGACAGCAGACCUCUGCGCCCUCCAGAAAGGGUCCUUCCACCCCCGGCGGUGGUCGCUCUGCUCUCAAGGAAGCCAUUGCUGCACGGAAGAAAGCCCAGAUGCCAUCUCGCCCCGAGUCAGCUCAGCCGACCUUCACUGACGUGAAAAAGUCAGAUCCGGCGCCCAAGCCUGCUGUGCGGACUGUGCCUACUGGCGCGCCUCUUUCAUCUUUGUCAUCGGCGCCUAUGCGACCCGGUGCGAAGCCUCGACGGGCUGAAUUAAGUCGACCAGCAACUGCGGAUCCAUACGCCCGCCGCCCGGAUUCACGGGCUCAAUCCACCAAGCCAAUCGGCUCUCCCCAUUCAGUCAAGUCCAAAUCGUCGACGCCUUCUUCGAAGCCGUUGAACGCGCCGCGUCUUCGCCCCCAUGAUUCGGGGCAAACAGGCACCACUAAGGGGAAGCCCAAGAAGCUCGACCUCUCAAAAUCCAAGUCUUACGACCAUCUUUUGGCCGCCAGUCGUCCCCGCAGUGAUUCGAAUGAGAGCAUAACGAAUCAACACUCAGGACGAGCGCAACCCUCUGAUCCUUCAAGUGCCUCUGAAGAUCACAACUCUCCAGCGUCCGUUGUGCUGAAAAGCCCUCUACUUGCUGCAUCACAACCGCCACUUCUUCACCCUGAACCAUCUGUGUCUGACCACGACGCUAGGCUCAUCGCAGUAGAGGAACCGCAUUUCACGCCUCUUGAAGAGCCCAAUGCCACUGCAACCUCUCCGCGUGCUCGCGAAGAAGAUGUUGAAGUAUCCCCUCGUGACGUCCACCCUCCGUCUGUUCCCGAGCCUGUGAAAUCUCAGCCUGAUUCUAUGGUGAUAUAUGAAGAUCCUGCCACACCAGUUGCAGUCGAGGCCGGUAGUCCUGUGAGGGCAGCUUGCAUCGAAAACUUAACCCCAACGAAAUCAUCCAAUCUUUUUGGUCAACGGGAACCUCGUGAAGAAGAAGCCCGGUCCAUCCCGGAAAAUGCUCCAGCUGUGAUGGAUUCCAUCCCUGAUCUAGCCCCUAGUCAGGAGCGUGUCACCGAUAGUCCGAUGGUUGAGACCCAACCCCGAUCACCGACGCGCAAAACACCCCUGCGGGAAAGUCCUUCGCCUUCAAGGACACGCGAUAACGUUUCAGCCCCCGAGCUUGUUUCGGGCGUGGACUCUGCCCUGCCCCAUGAACCUGUCAGUGGAGCCGCCGUCAACCAGACCGGCAACAAUGAGAAUGUGACCCCACAUAUCAGCAAAGUUGCAGACUUGCCCGCAGCUCCACGAUCUGCGGUGAAUCCGAAUGCUCUAGAAGAGCUUCCGCUUAAUGAAUCGACACCGCGACUUGCCGAGGCCCGUGGCCGCUCUCUUGAGCCCCUGACCCAAGCUCAUUCCGAAGACUUGCCUCGCCGUAACCGAAAAUGGGCCGAGCGACAUCGAAGUAUCAGCCCACGGUCCAAGGACCCCGUUAAUGCGAAGGAAAUGAUCCAAAAGGCCCACGGCCGGAUUGUCUCCAAGACUAUGGACAUCUCGGGAUAUCGGAAACUGCAAGGACUCUUUCAAUACCACGGAGAGGAGAUCGUUGCACGAACGCAGGACUACUACGCGGUGUUAGAGGCCCUGUUGAGCGAGUUGGAAGCAGUGCCCACUAACCGCAAGGACCAUGACGCUAAAACGCAAAUCCUGGCCACCAUUCGUUCCAUGCUCCUGCGGACUCGAGAGCACUUCGAGCGCUAUGACAUUCUCGCGAUGGCAGCCAUUAUCCGGGCUCGUCGCCACUACGAGUCAACAUCGCACUUUGUGACAUGCUUGGAGGAGGUUACGGAACAACUGGUCUCCGUGACCGCGCCCUGGACGGCAGUCAUGGGAGUGCUGCAGGGAUUGGAGCAAAGGGAGGGAGCCCACGGUGAGGAGACAUACCAGUCGAUCAUCAUGGGUUUGAGCACUAUCCAGCAAGCGCUCGCGCAACCCGGCGUCGAGAUCUCAGAUGAUGUCCUGGCAAGUGUCGGCACUGUUGUAUCGCAGCAUCUUGGACACCCGCGGCCCGGUGUGCGCAAAAACGCCACUGAGCUGUGCACGUUCUUGAGCCUUACCUUUGGCUCAGAGCGCGUUGAAAAGGUGACUCCGCCGCCCCAGGAAGGAUCGCUGAACCUACUCACCUACUUCCUGGCUCGUCGAUCUCAAUAA